GCAGCUGUAAGCGAGGACCUGAGAUUCCAAGACGGCAGACUGUGUGGAUGUGACAAUUGGCCCUCAUGGAUUCUUUCAGCACCAUUGCCUUCAACGAGACCUACGAUGGAAAUUGGACGGAGCCUGUUAACGGCACGGAGGGGGGAGAGAAGUACCACUAUAAUUACUACGCCAUGCUGUUCACGCUCCUGAUCUUUGUCAUCAUUUUCGGCAACGUGCUGGUGUGUAUGGCCGUAUCCCGAGAGAAAGCCCUGCAGACCACCACCAACUAUCUCAUCGUCAGCCUGGCAGUGGCUGACCUUCUCGUAGCCACCUUGGUGAUGCCCUGGGUGGUGUACAUGGAGGUGGUGGGAGAGUGGAGAUUUAGCCGAAUCCACUGUGAUAUCUUUGUGACUCUGGAUGUCAUGAUGUGCACAGCCAGCAUCCUAAACCUUUGCGCCAUUAGCAUCGACAGGUACACGGCGGUUGCGCUGCCGAUGCUCUACAACACACGCUACAGCUCAAGACGAAGAGUUACUGUCAUGAUCUCGGUGGUCUGGACCCUGUCUUUUGUCAUUUCCUGCCCAUUGCUGUUCGGAUUCAAUAACACAGAGACUCGGGUCGAUACCAUCUGUACCAUAGUGAACCCCGAUUUUGUGGUUUACUCGUCGAUAUUCUCCUUCUAUAUGCCUUUCAUCGUGACCCUGCUGGUGUACGUGCAGAUCUAUGUGGUGCUGAGGAAACGACGAAAGCGGGUGAACACAAAGCGCAACAGUGGGAUGGAAACUGACAUGCAGGCACCGUUAAAGGACAAAUGCACCCACCCAGAGGACGUGAAGCUGUGCACGAUGAUUGUGAAGUCAAACGGGAGCUUCCCCGUCAAUAAAAAGAAAGUGGAAGCUGUCAACCAUCCAGACGAGAUGGAGAUGGAGAUGAUGUCGUCCGCUAGCCCCCCCUCAGAGCACACCAAGCUGAAACUGACCGGGGUCCACCGUCAACUGGGGGUGCCCUUGCCCUCCAACCAGGGAGCCAGCUCCAAUCUGCCCACUCCCUCGGGGAGCCCGGUGAAAGGCGAGAAAAAUGGGCACGCCAAAGACAGCUCCAAGGCAGCCAAAGCGUUCGAGAUCCAGUCCAUGCCCAAUGGCAAAACGAGGACCUCGCUCAAGACGCUGAGCAGGAGGAAGCUGUCUCAGCAAAAGGAGAAGAAAGCAACUCAGAUGUUGGCCAUUGUCCUCGGCGUUUUCAUCAUAUGUUGGCUGCCCUUUUUCAUCACUCACAUCCUGAACAUGCACUGCACCAAAUGCUCCAUCACUCCAGCACUGUACAGUGCCUUCACCUGGCUGGGAUACGUCAACAGCGCAGUGAAUCCCAUCAUUUACACCACCUUCAACGUGGAGUUCAGAAAAGCCUUCAUCAAAAUCCUUCACUGCUAA